AAUAAUAUUAAAGCACGUGUAAUUGGAAUAAUUUACAUGAUUCUGAAAAAUUAAAUUCAAUAUUUAUAUAUACGUGAUUAAUACAAAAUCCAAUAUUUCUGCAUCUAAAGUGGCUUGAACGAAUUAGACGAGAAACAUUAAAUGUAUUAUAAACGUACAAAAUCAUGAUUUGGAAAUAUUCAACAAAUUCUUUUUGUACAUUUAUACAUCUAAAUACGGUUACUUAGCAAAUGUAAAUUUAAGCUGUAUUUCUCAAUAAGCCUUCUAACUAAAACAUAAUUACAUAUAUAUUUUUAGAAUAUUUUGCGAAGUAGACUACAUUUCCACGUUUGAAAAUUCUACAUACAAAUUUGUAGGAAAAUUGUCCGCAGAGUAUAAAUUUGAUGAGCAAAAUUUGAUGGUUGUACAUGUCCGACAAGUUUGUAUUUUUAUUGAAAAAUAUUUUGCAAGGCGAAAUGCUUUUUUAAAGCAUUCCGUCGUCGGUCGGUCGCGUGCUGCAAUUUGAAAGAGAGCGAUUUACGCCAGUGUAUGCACCUCUCGAUCUGUCCCCUCUCUCGGAGGGCUGCACGCUUGUUGGCGCCCCCCUCUUUCGCUCCGUUCUCCCCCUCCUCGAGCGACCGGCCGGCGACGUGCCUGCUAUGGUGAUGUUUACAGCGUAGUCACGGCAACGGCUCAUGUGAUCAGUCGGCUAGCCGUCGUGCGCCGGGUAACAGGAGGUGAUUGUGCUGUGUGUGCGAGAAUCGAAAUUGUGUUUCGCGUCGUGCAUCGCCCUGUCGCGAUCUGUUACUCUCGAAGCGUUGACAGUUCUCGACAACUCGAUUUUGGUGAAACGACGGUUCGUCGUGUGUGACAAACUCGGAUUCAGUGUCAAACACUUGGCAUAAUCGCGUACAAAUGUGAACUUGCCGUGAGACUUAAAGUGAGUCGAUUAUCGGGCUCUCUCAUCUAUAAACUCGUCGAAACUGAAACCAAGAGCAUCAUUGUAAUACGAUAAUUAUCCUCGGCAGGAUAAUCACGGAAUGAAGCGUGUCGCGCAAAUCGAAAGACCGGCGCCAAACGCAGCGCGGCUCGAGUCACCCCUUUUCGAAAGUCCCUCGCUUGAUUCGCGCGGGUCUUUAUAACACGUGACCAACAUCGUGGGGUGCGCGCGCGUAUAUCGCUUCGUAUUGUCGCUUGACACCGUCGAGCUCCGUAUUGUCGCUCCGUUUGUCGGCCUGUGUUGAUAUGGUAUUUCGCCGGUGCGAAAUGGCGUGUCGUGUUGGUUAACAUAGCCGCGAUUUCAUGAGUAAGUGCGAUCGAAGGACGAUCAAGAAGUACGUUUAAGAAUUCGUUCGUCGUCAGAGAAGGUAGAAAGAGAGAGAUAAGGUGGAGAGUACUUGGUGCGACGCGACGUGAAGCUCGCCGCCGGUCAGUACGUCACGUGACCGCGCGGGAAGGACACGAAGUUAGUGUGUUAUGGUCGGUGCAUUUCCGUUUGUGAGACGAAAGGAGGGCAGCGAUGCUGUGUCGGCGUGGCCGCAGGUGAACCCCGGGGACGAUAGAUGCGCGGAGCUCGUGAUCGUGGAUCAAGGGUGGCCCAAUAAGUUUGCCGCUAGCUGCUCGCGCCUUCACUCGUCGCUCACCACCGCCAACGUCGUCGGCACGGAGUCCGGUGCCACUGCCGCCGGCAUGAUGUCGCGGAGACGCGGUCUGCAGGCGUUGGUGCUCGUACUCGCCACUUCCUACGCCACGAUCUUACUCUACCAGGCUGUCGCGCAGCGCCAGUGGAUUGACGAGGUGAACGUCGCGGAGGUGAGCAGAAGCGUGAUAGUGGAAGCACCUGCGUCGAGGAGGAUAAUCGGCGAGGAAUCGCCGCCGGUGACGCCGCCGGUGGCGACGGCGACCAUGGCGCCGUACGCCACGAACCUCGACGACGUGUUUAUCAGCGUGAAGACCACCAAGCACUAUCAUCAUUCGCGCUUGCCGGUCAUCAUCGCCACGUGGUUCCAAUUCGCCAAGAAUCAGACCUGGUUCUUCACCGACAGGGAGGACCCGUACUUCCAGAAUCAGACGAACGGCCACAUGAUCGACACCAAGUGUUCCUCCUCGCACAAUCGGCGGGCCCUAUGCUGCAAGAUGUCUGUUGAAUUCGACAGAUUCCUCGCCAGCAAUCGAAAAUGGUUCUGCCACUUCGACGACGACAAUUACGUGAACGUGCCGCGCCUGCUGAAACUCCUGGACAACUAUAACCCGCGCGAGGACUGGUACCUUGGCAAGCCGUCGAUACCUUCACCCUUGGAGAUCGUCAGGCAAGGUCCGGACCCGCAACGACAACUGCAAAAGGUGAAGUUCUGGUUCGCCACGGGCGGCGCCGGAUUCUGCAUCAGCCGGGCCUUGGCGCUCAAGAUGACUCCGGUUGCCGGAGGCGGCAAAUUUAUAACCGUCGGCGACAAAAUCAGGCUGCCAGAUGACGUGACGAUGGGGUAUAUUAUUGAGUACCUCCUGAAAAAGAAUCUGACAGUGGUGGAUCAGUUUCACUCGCAUUUGGAGCCGAUGAAGUUCCUCAAUAAGGAUACCUUCCACGAACAGGUCUCUUUCAGUUAUUCCAAGGGCUCGAGAGACGAGUGGAACAUUCUGAAGAUCGACGGUUUCGACUUGAAGGACGAUCCUAAGAGAUUCAAGUCGAUCCAUUGUCAUCUGUUUCCGCACGUUCCUUACUGCCCGCACAGAUGAUGAAGAUCGCGCGUUGGACGUAUGAAUAAACAGAAAGAAAAUAAACGUCCAAGAACGCGUUUGAAUCGCUGUCGCCGUUAGAGAAGGAAACGAAGACGAGUCCUCAUAAUUAGGACGAUGUAGGGCUUGUUCUCCGAUCGCACGGAAGGAACGUACGUAAGACCGACAUGUGUAUUUUACUAAAUUUCGACACAAUCGGUCGUGCGCAACGAGAAUUUUAACGAGACUCGCGACAGCGACUCUCGUCGUUAUUCCAUUUAGCGAAAUAUAUGUUACGGUUAGUGUCAAUUAGGUCAGUUCGUCGGUAAUUCUAUGGAAACAUCGGCUAUGUUUCGUAGAGAAGCCCGGGGCUAAUUGGCGCAGAGACAUGUUCCACGCGUUUCGUUGACGUAUUUAUUACGAGGGAAAUAGUGGAGGAAGAAGAAUUGCAUGUCUCUGUCGGAAUAUAUUGCUCCUAGAGUUUCAUUAAGAUCUGAAAAGCGUGCCAACUUACCCCGGUCUUCUCGACACACGUAACAGAACUGUAGAAUUCGUUAUGUUCCACGUAGGAUACUUCGGCAGAGAGAAUCCGCACAAGAGAUUUCGCACAGAAUUAUCGGUGGUUUCAUAGAAAUUUCUUUAGUUACGUUUACCGUGACAUAUACAGAUAUCGUAGGUGAUUUUUCUCGGUUUGCAUUCCGUCAGUGAUCUCUCCGCCACCUCCGGAUCGUCGGUGGAGAAGCGGCAAACGAGUGAAACGUCUAUUCUCGAGGCUAUCGAUUUAUGCGAGCGCCCUUUUUACUUUAUUCAUAAAGGCUGAACAUACAGGAAGGAUUAACGCCUCGUAACCACCCGUGACAAACGUAUCAAUCGCGAGGAUUUUUAACGUCUAACGCUGUUUGCGCUCUAUUUUGUUUUCCUUCGCGUGGCUAAUCGUCAAAAUUUUCCGUAUGUGUCGAAGGUCACGCUGAAAUUUUACUCGCGUCCAUUUUCGUCUUAAUUAAAACGAGACUUUUACCCUCUGUCGUACUGUUGCUUUUGCAAAAUAUUUUUUCCCCUCUUUUAAAUUUGCGGAAACGACGGGACAACAGUAAACAGGGUAAUUAUUCUUGUCGCGGAGGAUCAUCCGCGGUUCAGCGCGUAGUUGCCAUUUGACGUAGCGUACAAUUAAUAUUUAUUUGCGCGGAGUGGCCCGCAGGUGAGGACAAGAAAGUACACAGCCACACACACACACGCACAUUACACGCGCACAUAUAACACACGGCAGGCGGGAGAUAAUGAAAUAGAGACGUAGCGUUUCUCGUAAUUUCUCCACGGGGUACAUAAUGGCGGAACUUCCACGAGUAGGCGUAUACGACAGCUGCGUCUGUGCAAUAUGAUGCAGGAGAGAGAAUUGUACAUAAGAUGCAUAUAAUUAUAAUUCGCUGACGUCGCCCGUCGGCGCGAAAUGGAAUUAAGCUAGUCCCUCGCAAAAAGACAGACAGCUGUAUAAUAAUGUGAUAUUUAAGCGCGCGCGAAUGUUCACUUUUACGCACACGCGCCCUUAUGGCGUCCCCCUUUUGUGGUGUCGUGUGUCGUAGCUCUCUUUUCUUCUAUGCGUAAGGAUAUUUAUAAGCGACGUGUUGCGAGAGAGCACGUGUGCAAUAUCGAGUAUACGAGUCGCUUGUUUCCAAAAUGUGGCCGCGGAUUCCAUUUCCGAAAUCCAUAGAAAUUUCAGUAAUAACAAUACUUUAUCAUAUUAUCCAUCCAUUUCCUUGAUACUGGCUCAGAACUAGAAUCUUAUAUAAGCCAGUUUGGUAGGAUCAUCAUAUUAUUAUCUUUAAUAAAAAUUUCGCUGGUAGACCGCGGCUAUCGAUCUUGGCGGGAUUCGUAAAGUUCGGUGCGCUCAAUUUGGAAAACAAGCGACUCUCGUUGUUAGCCUCUGCGACGAAUGAGUUUAGGAAUAAAAGGGGCAAGCGAGGCGAGAGAGCGUGUGUUUAUAGUCAUAUAAAAUAGACUCCACGUUAUACCUGUCGUUAACCAAACAGUGAGAAAGAGAGAAAGGGGAGCACAAAACGAAGGGGAAUUCUCCUUCCUCGGUUUCGUGAGUCGGAUACUGCUUGUUGACAGUUCGUGCAACCGACGACCGACGUGUUCAGGCAGUUCACGGUAGUUGGCCAAUCCUGUCAUUGAUAUGCGCGCUGUGAAAAACAGACGUGUCUUGCCUUUCUCUCUCUCUCUCUCUAUCUCUCUCUGUCUCUCCUUCUAUUUCAUUGUUUUUUUUUUCUUUGUCAAAGUCACCGUCCCGCCAAACGUGUUAGAUAAAGAUACACGGCACGCUUCGAGCCUAUUCUUAUAUGCCUAUCUAAGCAUUGACGUUGCAUCUCGUUGGAUCUCGAUACCUUAACCGACAGCACAUGUUAUCAUAGUGAUGUGCUCGCGUGAGACGCGACAUGUCCAGCAAACACGGAAGCUGUGACGUUGUCUACGCUGUUAUCAUUAUGCCGAUAUAUUAACAAAAAUUACGAAAUGUAUGAUAUAUUGAUUUUAUAUAUAUAUAUAUAUAUAUAUAUAUAUAUAUAUAUAUAUAUAUAUGUGUAUAUGUAUAUGUAUAUGUUGAGCGAUAAUGUUUUAUAUAAUAGAUGACGUGUACAAAACAACACACAUCUCAGAAUCCCGAUGACGUCUUCGUCGAUCGUCCCUUGCUUCCCUCAACGCGCAUCCUGUAUUGCGUGACGCAACGUACCAUUUUCCUCAUCCUCCCGGCUACUUCCCGAUGACUUUCCUGUCAUUUCUCGAGAGGUAUACCUCCUCUCGAGAACGUGUUUCGCGAAGUUGUUUACGACUCUUAGUACUUGAACCUUUUCUCUGCAAUUGUCUCCAUUAAACU